AUUAAUUAGAUAUCUUUCUUACUUCUUCACUCAAUGUCAAUCAAUAAAAAAUAAUAAAUAUAUAUGGCACAAGAAACAAAAGGACAUUUGCAGUUCUAAAGGUAGGUCAUCUAAUAAUAAGCAACCCUGAGGUACAUAUACAAUGCCAAAUUUCAUCAUCUCAAAAGCAUCAGUUAAUCUCUCAUUCAUGGCCAAGCUGAUUCUGCUUUGUUUUCUUGCUGUUUUCUGCUUUGCAUUAACAAGUGAUGCCACAACGUACGUGGUUGGGGACACAUCCGGCUGGGACAUAAGCACUGACAUUGAUUCAUGGGUUAGUGACAAGGGAUUCAGUGUUGGUGAUGUUCUAUUGUUCCAAUACUCAUCAUAUCACAGUGUAAGCGAGGUAACCAAAAAAAGUUUCAAAACUUGCAACACAACGGAUACUCUGAGAACAUUUUCCAAUGGGAACACAACUGUUACAUUGUCAAAUGCUGGUGCCGCAUAUUUCGUUUGUGGUAACAAGUUGCAUUGUCUUGGGGGCAUGAGGCUUCAAGUAAACGUCGAAGGUGAUCAAACAUCUUCGACUGUUGGUGCCCCUGAAGCACAGCCUGGAACUACACUUCAGCAGCCUGCUUCGAAGACCAACAAUCCUACAACAGUUAUUCCCACUUCAAGUGGGUAUAUCAUUGGUGGAAUUCAAUCUCUUAUAAUAGCCUUCCUAUGUUUGACGGCUACAAUGUUGCUUCUGUUCCAGACUUGAGAAAAAUAUUCGUAGCCAAGCACUAUUACUCCAUAUAAUAUCAGAGUUGUUUCGCAUUGUUGAACACCAAUGAAGAGUUCAUUCUUUUUCUUUUACUUUUAGGCAAAUUCGUUUUAUGUAGAUUUUUCAAUAUUGUGAUCUUAUAUGAACAACAGAUUCUACUUGCAUUGAUGAAUAAAUUCUCUCCCCUCAUUGCACUGUGAUCAAUGAGGCUCGUACUCAACCACUGUAGUAGUUUUUGGCUACAAGUUGAUCAAAGAAAAGUUCAUGAAAUGUCAAAA